AUGUCCGACACUCCGGAUCAGGCUCGGAAGAGCGACGACGAGUCCGUAUCGGUCGUGGUCGUCACCCCGGCCGAGGCUGCGUCGGUCACCGGAGACGAGAAAAUGGAAGACGUGGCCGCUCCCGACGCCGAUGAAGCUGGCGACAGCGAGGAAGAGAAGAAGGAGAAGCAGAUGGUCGGCCUCGUCGCCGAGAGCAAGGACCUCUACGCCAAGCUCGACCAGCACGGUAACAGGUCCUGGACGGAAAAGAAGCCCGACGACCUCGAGGAGGCGGCCGAGAACGAGGAAACGGAAAAAUAUGCCAUCAUCGUCCGCAAACAGAAGCCGGAAGACGCAGACUCACGCAAGCCUCUCGUCAUCGACAGCAUCAUUAUCCAAUCGCCCUAUCUGAGGCCCGUCCUGGCCGAAGUAUUACACAACUACCCCGGCAUUCUCACGAACCUGUCGCGCCUCAAGCUCACCGCCCCCUUCGAGUGCUUUGUUCAUCGAUGGGACCGAUUCGAGGCUGCCCGAAAUGACCCGACACUCGAGGGCGCAGCGAAGGAGCACAUCGAGCUCCUCUACAGGAUCCUGCAAGAGGAGCUUGGCGACGUGAUCCAAUUGCGUGAGGACUACUUCAAGAACAAGGCCGUUGCCUGGGAGCACGCCUGGACGCUCUUCCCACCUGAAUGCACCGUGUUCGGGUCCAAGAACGGAAAGCCCGUCGCGGCCAAGUUCAAGCGCGGCUUUUAUACGCAGACGCCAUGUGGCAAAACCUACGCUCUGCGAUGCGAAAUCAUUGACUGGGAUGGAGUCAGGAUGGGCUGGACCAGCCUCGACAUGCAGAUCCCCCAGUUCCCAGGCACCCUGCCCUUCUCUGACCUGCCCACCUACCCGCUGGACUAUCAUCCUCAAGCCGAGUCAGUCAAGGCCAUGCUCAUUGAGCGCGGCCGGAAGUUUGACAGCCUCGCGGGCUACUGUUACCGCUGGUACAAGGGCGUCGGCCUGUGGCACCCGGAGGCCAACAAGACCCGCCGCGAGAACGUGCAGUCACGCAUUGUGGUCGACGGCGCGAAUUGGGAGAAGGAAAACUACGACCAUCAGGUCUAUAUCAGCGCUCUCCACAAAGGCGACGGACGCGGUCGGCGCUAUAGCACCUCCUCGAUGGAGAGUGACGCGGACUCGGAUACCGGCGAGGAUGACGGGGAAGCCGUUAAGCGGGCACCCUUGACUGACGAGCAGCGGCUGUUCACGUGCCCGAUAGUUCGUGGCUAUGCUCUUCAGAACAAGCGGUGGAUGGAGUUUUACAUCGACCAGGUCUCUGAAGUGCAAUUCAACGAAAACGCCUUCAGCUCGCUGGUCAUGGAAGAGGAGAAGAAGGAGCUCAUCCUCGCCUUCGCGCAGAGCCAGGUCAAGUACAAGGACGCCUUUGACGACGUCAUCUCCGGCAAGGGCAAGGGCAUCAUCAUGCUCCUGUCGGGUGGACCAGGCAUUGGCAAGACGUUGACGGCCGAGUCUGUGGCCGAGGAGAUGCGUGUGCCGCUGUACGCGAUGAGUGCGGGCGACCUCGGCAGCUCAGCCUACGAUGUCGAGGACAAUCUGAGCAAGAUCCUUGGCAUGGUCGCCAACUGGAAUGCCGUUCUCCUCCUCGACGAGUGCGACGUGUUCCUCGAGGAGCGCACCCCGCAGGACAUGGAGCGAAACCGCAUCGUGGCCAUUUUCUUGCGCACGCUCGAGUACUAUGAGGGCAUCCUGUUCCUCACAACAAACCGCGUCAAGAACAUGGACCCCGCGUUCCAGAGUCGGAUCCACGUGUCGCUCGAGUAUCCGGACCUGGAUACCGCGGCACGCGCGGCCGUGUGGCGAUCCUUCUUGGCGCGGACCGUCAGCCUCGUCGACGCCAAUCUCAGGGGUGAUGAUGCGCACGAUGUGACCCCGGAGGAGAUUGAGGCGCUGAGCAAACUUGAGCUCAACGGGCGGGUGAUCAAGAACGUGCUCAAGGCGGCCAACUUGCUGGCUUGCCAUAGAGGAGAGAAGCUGACGUUUUCGCAUCUGAGAACGGUGCUUCGCGUCGAGGGACACUCACUGUAG